AUGGAGUCUGACGCGAUCCAUGCACCCACGACCUCCUCCUCCUCUUCGGAUUCAACGGUAAUCAAUGGUGGCGCGCAAGUCGUGUCAAAGAACCUGCACCGCCCAAAGAUCGUGAAGCGCAAGCGGCAGACGGCGACCAGCUCCCCUGCUCCUACUGCCGGCGGCGGCCAAGAAACGGAGGCCGUCGCCGAGGAGGACGAGCGCACGGCAGGGAGGCACCCGUCGUACCGCGGCGUGCGGCGCCGGAGCUGGGGCAAGUGGGUGUCGGAGAUCCGGGAGCCGCGCAAGAAGUCGCGCAUCUGGCUCGGCACCUUCCCCACCGCCGAGAUGGCCGCGCGCGCGCACGACGUGGCCGCCGUCGCCAUCAAGGGCCGCGCUGCGCACCUCAACUUCCCGCACCUCGCCGACGCGCUCCCGCGCCCGGCCUCCACCUCCCCCGCAGACAUCCAGGCCGCGGCAGCCAUCGCCGCCGCGCAAUGUGAGCCGUCGUCCACCGUGGCCGAGAAGACCGAGACGUCGAGUGCAUCGGCCUCCAUGACCCCGGCUCAGUGCGAGUCUUCUUCCUCUGUCGCCGAGACGUCGAGUACAUCGCCCGCAAGCUCCGGCACGGCAGGCAGCGGUGAAGAAAACGCUCUGUUCGACCUGCCCGACCUCCUGCUAGACCUGAGGGACGGCCUCUGGUGCUCUCCUGCGUGGGCGCCGGCCGCUGACGAGUACGACGGCGGCGACGACGGCGGCGAAGCCGCGCUGCACCAGCCGCUCCUGUGGGCGGAGCAGUGCUGGACCUACCGUUCCGUUCGGACGCCGGCGCGGCCAGUGGUUGGCUGCAACAGAAGACCGAUCGAGACACAUGGACAUGGACAUGGACAUGGAGUAUUUCGUUCCCAAUCAACUCGUUUUUCGCUUCGCGCCAUGGUCACAAGUCCGUGA